AUGGCAGCGUUUGGUUUGAGAGACAUAGACACAGUGGUACACGGUGACACAUGUCUGCUGUUUGGUUUGAGGCCUCGUCUCCUACCGUUCCGGCGAGUGACCCAUACUCUUCCUCCAAUCGAUGCCAUCAUCCCGUAUCUGGCUGAGGCCGGAUUCGGCGACACGGUGCUCCUCAGGAAUUUUACUUUUGACAACUCCUUUAUUUCAGCAAUCGUGGAGCGAUACUGUCCAGAGACGCACACGUUUCAUCUCCCGUGGGGUGAGAUGGAGACGUGGGCGUUGGUGGAGCAGUUACUCGGUGCCAGGCCUCCCGUGGCAGCACAGCAAGCUGCGCAGAGGAAGGAGUCCUUCACGCUGAAGUAUUUGAUGACCGACAAGUCCAACAAUCUGGUGCACCUUCGUUGGCUACCGCUGCUCCAGAACUUUGAGGAGUAUAGGGCAUUUUUGUGGGGCUCGACUGUGCUGGCUUGGACGUAUCGGUCACUUUGUUCGGCGACACAGCAAGGCGUCACGGAUAUCGCGGCUGCAUUCCGUUUUUGA